UGCUUAAGCUGUCUUUUGCAGUUUGAGCAGGUGGAAGAGAUAGGCCUACAUUCAGUUGCUUGAGCAGAACGUCCCAGUUCCCGAACAUUCAAUUUCCCGACAAUUCCAUGGAGCGCCCAGACAGGAGACUCGUCUAUUGCCUCCGGUGCAAAAGGGGGUACGGUGCACUGUCGGCCCACCUGAGGAGGGUGUGCAUGAAGGACGACACGGCGGAAGAAUGCAAUGCGGAAUUGCAGCGUGCCAAAGAGUCCCAGAGAGAGUGGGCCAGGGUUGGUAGACGCUGGGAAUACCGUGAACUAUCAGCCAUGGUUCCGGAUGAAGCGUCUCGCCGCUCACUGGUCGACCGCCUGGAAAACAAAGGAUUCUUUGUCGUCGGUGAACCGUUGCGCCCCGCGCAUUGUGCAGUGCCCAGCUCUCAGGAGACGGGGCACAGGCCUGAGCACCGGCGUCUGCUGGAGAUGGCGGAGGGUCGGACGGAGGAAGCUUGCCAUGGGCUCCUGACGGGAGAACGGUUGCCGCAUCAGCAGAUGACGAUGUUUCGCUACUUUUGUAUGGCCACCCUGACGGUCACGCACCGUGUACCGGAAGAGACGGUGGUGGACUUCAAGGUGACUGAGUGGAAUGACAGGCAGGUGAGCGCCGGUGUCGGGGCGACCAUCUGCUUCGGAGACGGCGGGGACAGAGCCUUUAUCAGUGUGGACGAGGAGAGGUGGUUAGGUGCCUACUUCACGGUCAUCAGGCCGCUCUACCUUUCGUGGCAAGGGGAAGCGGAGGCCGACGAGGGCUGCUUCUUCCUGGGGACCACAGGACAUCCCGUGGCCAAUCCCAGGUCCGAUUUGUGCCGUCUCUGGAGGCGCUGUCGGAAGAUCUGCGAGGCAGCGGGCCCGAAUCCGCCGCCCCUUACGGCAGAGGCCGCUGGGACGUCUUCCCGGGACGAGAGUUCUGUGUCGGGGAAGGGGUCGCGUGACAGCCGAUGGGACGCUUUCGUCAGUGAAUUCCCCGUGACGAUGGGUGCCCUCGCGCCCUCCAAAGAGGACCUCGUCGGUGCCGGGUUUGACGAUGAAAGGACGGCCUACUUCAAAUGGAGGCGCAUCCAGUUGGAACAGCGUGUGCGACACGUCGCCGAUUCCUCUGGCAGGCAGCGACCGACGGAGGCCAAGGUGGCAGCCGUCGUAGCCAGGGAGAAUUGGAAAACCAAUGUCCCCUCCCUCCCGGAUGUGUUCAAGGCGUGGGUCUCCCCUUUGAAGGCAGCCAUCGAGGACGACGAAGGCGUCCUCAAGUCGGUGGUGGAGCAACGGUGGAAGGGGAUAGAUUUCAAGGACUAUGGAGAACACAAGGGCAGAGGCGUCAUCGCCACCAUGCCGUUCCCCAAGGGGCACGUGAUAUGCGACUAUCACGGGAAGCUCAUCCCUGAAUCCGAGGGGAAGAGGCUGAUGGAUGCAAUGCAGGAGGGAGUGAUGAGCUACCUCUUUUUCAUCAGGGGCAGGCUAGGCACCAAGCUGUGCGUCGACUCCCAGAACUUCCCCUGCGAGUGCCACCCUGGAAAGGACACCUUUGGGAGGCGCAUGAACCACUCGGGCAAGGCGGCCAACGUGAAGCCUGUGGUGUUCCAGCUCAACUUUCCAGACGGAGCCAAAGACACUGUCCUGUUCUUGGCCAAGAGAGACAUAGAGGUGAACGAAGAGCUCCUUUGGGACUAUGGCGUGAGACGGAGGUCUUUCGGAGCGGAGGGCAUGGACCUGCCAUGGCUCGAUGACUGAAGACGAUUCGCGUUGGUUUCAUACCAUCGCGUUCGUCCCCUUUACGGCAGAGGCCGCUGGGACGUCUUCCCGGGACACGAG